AUACAAGGAGAUCCGGAUCAUAUUUAAGUUAACCAUGAAGUUCUUGCAGCAUGAUAUAAUAAUAAACAUAAUAAAAAAGCAAAUGAUAAUUUUUUUUGGAGCACACUUCCUCGAUGAACGCCUUCAUUCCGCUGCGCACGCGCAGUAGCAUUUUUUAAAGCAAAAGGGUCGCGAACUCUGACCUCCCGGAGGCGAAGCGGUUUAGGAACAAAAAUUGACAAAAAACAGUGGAUUUUUGGUGAUAAAAUAUCGCGUGACACGGUUCUGCAUUGUAAGAGAGAGACAGAGAGUUUGUGUGUGAGUGUGAGUGAGUGAGUGUGUGUGUGUGUGUGUGUGAGAGAGAGAGCGUGAGUGAGAGUGAGAGGAAGAGGAAGAAAGAGAGUGAGAUGGGGAGUUGCAUUUAAGCCCAAGUGGUGUGUGGGGUUAUCAUGGCAGGGGAAAGUCCCAGAAUUCAGCUGGUGUCAGCAGAUGGAGGUCUGCAGAUCGUGACAGAUCAGCAGCUGGGCCAGAAACUCCAGAUAGUAACAGCAUACGAUCAGGCGGGGGCCGGCAAGCAGCAGUUUAUAUUAGCCAAUGUGGAUUAUCCCAAUCAGGACAAACUCCUCCUAAAGCAUGACAGCUCACCCGGGAAAGUCUUCCUGACUUCAUCUGACGGAUCAGCUGUCAAUCAACUGCUCUUCACAUCACCUGAGCUGACAGGUCAGCAGAUACAGUUUGUCACUGAGGGAACAGAACAAAGCUCUGUUAAGCCUGUGGUCGAGUAUUGUGUAGUGUGUGGAGACAAAGCUUCAGGUCGUCACUAUGGGGCAGUAAGCUGUGAAGGCUGUAAAGGCUUUUUCAAGCGAAGCAUUCGCAAGAACCUUGUUUACACAUGCCGCGGCUCAGGGGAGUGUGUGAUCAAUAAGCAUCACCGCAACCGCUGCCAGUACUGCAGACUGCAGCGCUGCAUGGCCCUCGGCAUGAAACAGGAUUCCGUGCAGUGCGAGAGGAAGCCAGUGGAGGUGACGAGGGAAAAGCCAGCCAACUGCGCCCCCUCCAUCAAAAAGAUCUACAUCCGCAAGAACCUCUGCAGCCCCCUGGCCGCCAUGCCCACCUUUGUAAACGAGAAAGAAACAGCCAGGUCAACCAGUGUGUUAAACUCCAACAUGCUCCUGAACAUCCAGCAAUCUUUGUCUAAGUUAGACAACACAAUCCUCAUCCCUUCCUCACCAGAUCAGAACGACGAAUCUCAGGGCGAUCUCAGCACGCUGGCUAACGUGGUCACAUCUCUGGCCCACAUGAGCAAGAGCCGUGAGGUUACGGACAGCAGCGCCGACCAAUCAGGACUGGAGACCAUGAGCACAGAGGGAGGCUCUGUGACCGAAGUCCAACCGGACGAGCAGAAUUCCAGCGAAAUCACUCAAGCCUUUGACUCAUUGGCCCGAGUUCUGCAGUCAGAGGAUGGGAACAGUUAUGCUAUAGAGGGGAACGUUUCAGAGGAGCACAGCGCCACCAUGCUGGAGCUGGAAGGACCCCUGCUUUCUGACAUGCAUGUGCCUUUUAAGUUGAUGAUGCCCUUGCCUGUGCCGGAGUUUCUUAAUUUGAACUACAUCUGUGAGUCAGCGUCUCGCCUGCUGUUCCUUUCCAUGCACUGGGCCCGCUCCAUUCCUGCUUUCCAGGCUCUCGGGCCAGAGAACGGGAUCACUCUGAUAAAGGCAUGUUGGAAUGAGCUGUUUGCUUUGGGCUUGGCUCAGUGUGCUCAGGUCAUGAACGUGGAGAUGAUCCUCAGUGCCAUAGUCAGUCACCUUCAGACCAGUCUGGAAGAAGAGAAACUUUCUGCAGAGAGAGUAAAGCAAGUGAUGGAGCACAUCUGGAGAAUGCAGGAGUUUUGUAACAGCAUGAAUCGUGUGAGCCCUGAUGCCUAUGAGUACGCCUACCUCAAAGCCACCGUCCUCUUCAGCCCAGAUUAUGCUGGGGUGGACAGCAGUCUACAGAUCGAGCGCUUCCAGGAGAAAGCUUACAUGGAGCUGCAGGACUACGUCAGCAGGGUUUACCCAGAAGACACUUAUCGUCUGUCAAAGUUGCUGCUCCGCUUGCCUGCUCUGCGUCUGAUGAGUGCUGCCGUGACUGAGGAGCUGUUCUUCGCCAGCCUCAUUGGGAAUGUCCAAAUCGACAGCAUUAUUCCCUACAUCCUCAAAAUGGACUCCACCGAUUACAACAGCCAAUCAGCCGGCACCACAGAGUGACUCAAUCCCCAUCCGCAAAAACACUCCAAUCAGCCUCAGGGCCACAGUGCCUGCUGACAAACUGCACCAUCAUCUCACUGCCCUAAAAGUGACCUUUUGACUCUGAAGAAGCAACCAGUAAGACAUGGCCUUUUGACUGCGCAUGGAGCUUGAAGGUCAAUGUGUUACUAGCUGGUGCAUGAUCCCGGAGUGCUCGAUUUGCAAAGGUUCACUUAAAGGAAGUGGCUAAAAAUGUAUGAACUGUGAAAGGACAUAAUUGAAGCUUUAUCUUGCUGUAUUUACCUGAAUUGUGUAUAUAAGUGUAAUAAAUGUCACUCUUAUACGGAGAUAAUUACA